CACUCAAAAAUGCUUGUGAGAGAUGGAUAGGCUUUAUUUGCCUUGCAGUUGAGCACCAUCAGUUUGAGAUCCUCUAAGUCAUACCAUUUUUUUAAAAAACAUAUGUACUAGAUGUGCUUAUAGAACUUAAAAGAAAAACACUUAAGAAAAACCAUCUUUUCUAGAAUACCAAGUAUCAAGGCAAGAACUGAGGCAAGAGAGCUAUAAGCUGCUAAAAUAUCCCCCUGAUCUGACAGGAACAGAGAAGUGACAGAAGAUCCCUUCUUGAAAAACAUGAUGGAGUCGAGCGCAUUUCCUGAGGCUCCUACUCUAGAUACAUCCAAUGAUGUGGCCGAGUCUCCACAAACUGAAGAUGCAGAUGAAGGUCCAGAUUCUGAGAAUAUUCCGGGUUCUUCUGAAGCUGCUGCUGCACAAGAUCCUUUGCUGCAUGGUGGCAGAAAUCAUUCCAGGAAAAGAGCCACCCUGCCUUCUGAAAGAUCUGGAAAAAGGUUAAAUAAAACAAGAGCUGCUGCACCCAAGCCACCUACUUCCACUCUUUCCUUAUUGAUCUACAGUGCUGUUGCCAGCUCCAAGAAGAAGUCUGGUCUUUCCAUGCAAGCUCUUAAGAAAAUCGUGGCAGACAUGGGCUACGACAUGGUCAAAAAGAAGCACUAUUUCCUAAGAUCUAUUAAGAAUAUGGUGGCAAAAGGGCAACUCUGGCAAAUAAAGGGCACUGGAGCAACCGGCUCAUUCAAGAUCAGUCCUGACAUUGGAAAGAAGAAGCCACCAAUAGUGAAAGGAAAAGGUCCGAAGGCCAAAUAUUCCACCAAGAAUAAAAAAAGGUCUGCUGUGUCCAAGAAUGCCCGAGAAACUGCCAAGAAGCAAGUGAAGGCAAAUGUCAAGAAAGCCUGUAAAAGAGGCAAGAUGUCUUCUGUUCAGGAUGCCUCAGUCCAAGUCAAGGUGUAAGCCAAGAUGUCUGAGCUAUCUUUCACAAUGACAUCUGAAGCUUUUUGACUAAUAAAGCAAUCACUGUAUUUGAAAUUCAACAA